UCUUCUUACCCUACCUAUCUCCCUCUUUUCCUCUCUCUUCAAAACCAAAACCUCCUGAAAAGUGCAAUGGCUUAAGGCUCUUAUACUUUGCGAAGAUGAGUGUGGUUGAGCCUGGUUAUUUGGACGGGAUUGCGAACGGGGUGGUGAAUGGCUGUGACUUUUUCCCGGACUUGCUCAACAUUCUGGAUUUCCCGGAGGAGAGUUUGGAAGGAGAUGACUCCGUUGGCGAUUGGGAUGCUAGUAUGUUGCAGUGCCUCGGGCCAGUCCCUUCCGAUGCUUUGAUGGGGUUGUCCCCCGUGCACCAGGCCAAUGUCGACGAUGGCUCUUUGAGAACGGCGCUCAAGUCGAAGGCCUUUGUGGACAUCUCGCCUCUGCAAAAGGAUAAAUUGAAUUAUGUCCAAGAAAUCACUGGUGCGGCGCUUCUGUACCCGAGUAAAUAUUUUGAUGCCCAACAGCCCGGUGUGUUCCAGACGCAAAGCCCGGUUUCUGUCCUCGAGAGCAGCAUUUCCUGCUCAGGUGGAAAGACGGUGCUGAUCAAAUCUGACAUCACCAUUCCAGUACGAACCCGGUCCAAGCGGGCACGAUCAGCUGUCAAUCCCUGGAUUCUGAUCCCGCCUCUAUCUAAAAAGACUUGGAGCGGGAAAAAGAGAAGGGAGAGGAAUUCAGAGGUGUGCAACAACGGGGGGGCUACUUCAGAUCAUCACCCGUGCUCCUCCUCCUCCCUAGUUAAAAAAUGCACACAUUGUGAAGUUACGAAGACGCCACAAUGGAGAGAGGGACCAAUGGGGCCAAAGACUCUAUGCAACGCGUGCGGGGUUAGGUACCGCUCGGGACGGCUAUUCCCAGAGUACCGACCAGCAGCUAGUCCAACGUUUGUUCCGACGCUACACUCCAAUUCUCACAGGAAGGUCGUGGAAAUGAGAAGGAAAGCUAUUCAGGAAGAAGCGCCCGUUGUCGAGGAUUCUCUCAAGAAAGGUGCAGAGACGAGAUGUUCUGAUUUGCAGGAUCUCGAUUCUAUUAGCUGCCGUUGGUUCGCUCGCUCUAACACACUGAGAGGCUAGCAAGCACACUUCUAGUUAAGUUAGGGACUUAAAUCAGGUUUUUUCGUUCGCUUUUUAAACUAUUUGAUUAUCGUGUUCUUAAGGCAGAUCUCGUGCUAAUUGAUCAAGAAGUUGUGUACAAAACGAAAUGAAGUAAAAGGAUGGCAGAGCAAGGGAAGAAGAAGAUGGAACUAAUGGUAGAAGAACCUGAACCUGAACCUGUUCUAAUGGUGGAAAAUAUAAUUUUAUAAACCUUAUUAUUCUCUUAUUCAGAUUUCUUUUCCCAAGUUAGCUUCUAUGGGGUUAAUAUUGUUAUGGUGAUUCAGUUUCCCUUGUAGCUACAAUACACUACUAAUAGUAAUUUCUUUUAUUUAUAUA